AUCACAGGAAGUAGUUUGGAUUCCAUGCCUGUAAAUAAAACCUGGACAGAUGCUGCUUACGCACACUGAGCGUUUAAAAAAUGGGUGUGAAAGGUCUUCAGUAUUUUAUGGAGCGCUGCUGUUCGGAUGCCUGUGUGUCAGUGAACGUCAGAGAAAUGGCCAGACAGCAUGCUGCCAAAACGAAGCAAAGCUUCACAACCCCAGCCAGCAACACCAGCCCCACACUCGUUGUGGAUGGUAUGGCUUGCCUGCGUCACUGGUACUCGUGUAAGGACUGGGUGUGUGGAGGGCAGUGGAGGGAGUACACAGAGGUGCUUAAGAGCUGGGUGGAGGCCUUUUCUUCAGCAGGAAUACGACUUGUCUUCUUUUUUGAUGGGGUGGUGGAAGAGCAAAAAAGAAAGGAGUGGGUGAAGAGGAGGCGCAGAGUCAAUGGAGAGAUUUCUAAAGUAUUUAAUCACCUGAAGGCACAUGGUGAGCAGCCUGGUAGAGAGCUCUUUUGUCUUCCUUCUGGUGUGGCAUCUUUCACACGCUUUGCUCUCAGGCAGCUGGGCCAGGAAGUGUUUUGCUCAGUGCGAGAGGCUGACUAUGAAAUCGCAAGUUAUGCUUCCCAGCAUAAAAGUAUGGGCAUUCUGGGACAGGACUCAGACUUCAUCAUAUAUGACAGUGCCUCCUACUUAUCUGUGGAAAAACUGCGGGUUGACAACCUUACCACAGUCCUUUAUGACCAACAGAGGCUCUGCCAAACUGUUGGAUUGACUGUUAGCCAGCUACCACUGCUGGCCUGUCUCCUAGGUAACGAUGUGGUGUCUGAGGAGAAGAUGAAGCACCUCAGGAACAACGCAAUUUCAGCAUACAGGGUUAACAGCCCAGCCUCACAUGCUGGUGCUCAUCAGGGAGAGAUGGUGCUAGCUUUAUCCCACCUUGUAAGCUCGUUGUGGGACAGAGAGGAAGAAGAAGUUGGACUUGUCCUCAAUUCCCUGAAUCUGUCCCCUCCUCUCAGAGAGCUGUUACAGAAGGGAAUUAGCUCCUACAUACUGCCUGGACAAGAAACUCUUCAGCAAGGCGACUUCUCUGCGCUGUCUUCUGCUCCUGCAUUUGAGAAAUAUGUUAGUCCAGAAAUAUUAAAGGCCUCUAGGGAGAAGCAUGUAGCAGCAGAGGGUUUUAUGGUUUACGGUGUUCUGUAUGAGGGCAUCAUUGAAUGUAGCAACACUCUGGAGGAUGAAGAGGACACUGACUUGCUGCCUCAGGCUCUCGUCUACAAACUCUGCAGACAGCGUACCUAUGGGCUGCUGCUGCUGCAUGAGACUGACAGCUGCAGUGCCGACCCUCCAAUAAUCAAGGAAUGGUUUGUCUACUCUGGAAACUCUAUGCAGGAACCUGACCUGGUCCAUCCUGUCCCAGUCAGUCUCCCAGGUCAUCGGCCUGGUCUGGACUUACUUUGGUUUGGCUCUGGUCCUGAAGUUUCUGCUCUCCGCCUGACGUCCUUCUUUUUGAUUUUUGACUGCCAGGAGUUCUCAGAGUUGUAUGGAGUGAUUGAAGACUCUCUACUGGGUGCUCUCUGCCUCGUCACUUACAUUGCCCUCCAGGUACAGACUCUGUCUGAAGAGGAUGUGGAUGCGUACCUGAGUCAGGCUGUUUGUCUGAGAGUAAAAUCCUCUCAGGAACUUCAACAUAUCAAGCUGCCUAUCCUCUGCAGCCGUGCUGUGCAGCUGGGAUCACUCUUCGUUCGAGGACUGGGACACCUGCUGGGUGCUAACUGUGCCAGUGGCUGCCCGCUGCCCAACGCUGUCCUGAUGCCUUGGCAGUGCUUCGAUGGACGUCUGUUCCACUCAAAGUACCUGCUGGCACACAACACAGCAGAGAAAAUUGUGCUGCUGGAGAGUGAUUCGUCCUUAUCUCUUUUUCUCUGCUUGAGAGAAAAACUCACAGAAGCUUGCAGGAAGCGAGGCAGAGUCCUGCAGUCCAGGCCCAGACCACCAGAGCGACAUCAUAAAACCACACAAGGACCAAGAUACAGAGAGAGAUACACAGGUGGUGGUGAGAGCUGGAGGGAGAGAGGAGGGAUGGCAAGGGGUCGACAACACAGAGGAGGAUGGAGGGAG